AUGUAUUCAAUAUGUAUUCUUGUGUUAUUAUCAUGUUCAUUCAAUGACGUAUGGGCAGCAACACCCUAUCAAGCUUGUGAUUCAGCAUUUGGUACCAUUCAAACAUUUGAUGUCACAGGUUGCACAACAUCGCCUUGUAAAUUUACUAAAGGUAAUUCGUAUGCAAUGAAUUUAACAUUUCAAUCAAAAGCCCCGUCGAAUUCUGUUAAAGUUAGCAUACAUGGUGUUAUUGCUGGUAUUCCCAUUCCAUUUCCAUUACCUGAUCCAGAUGCUUGUAAGCUGGGUAUUGCAUGUCCAGUGAAUGAACAUGAUGUUUAUACAGCGUCACUUGCACUAGAGGUAUUAUCAUCGUAUCCAUCGUUGUCACUCUAUGUCAAAAUUGAAUUAGUAUCCGGAGAAAAAGAUCAAGAUUAUGCUUGUCUACGAUUUCCGGCUACAAUCACAAGUAGUACAAAUGAACUGAACAAUUUAGUUGGUUGGGAAAAAGGAAAAAUAUUUGAAAUAUUGUAUUAA